CAUGAAGAUCCUCUGAAGUUUUGAUCCCACCACCCUCACUGGUUUCCCUCGGCAUUUUCCUAUUUUGUUCUUUUCUAGAACUCAUGGUGGAUUGGAUGGGGGAGGUGUCCAAGGGAACCGUUCGCAAUUUUCUUGCAUCUCAACCAACCAGGUGUGACAACACUACCUGUGCCUGCAUCGUAGAUAAAAACCAUGGAAUGGAAUGGACUUCCCUUGGAUUGACUAGGACCUGAUGUAUGAAAGAACUAAACAGGUUGCCAAUGUGUUCCAUUCGGGCCAAGUCGAGAAAGGAACCCAAAUACAGAAACUCAUCGGAGCCAUCCGCACAGGGGUGAUCUUGAAAGAUGUUUCGAUGUCCUCAUUUGGCGGAGAAUUGUCUGCAGUUUUGGGCUCCAAAGGUAGUGGCAAACGAGCUUUUCUUGAUGUCAUCUCGCGACGGGCACAGGGUCCGACUAGGGGACAAAUUAUGUUAAAUGGGGUGCCCAUGUCCAUGCGCCUUUUUCAAGAUAGCUGCGGUUUCGUCGGCAAAUCGCAAGAUCUUCUACAUGGAUUGACUGUUAGACAAACCCUUUCCUUCACGAUCGAGUUGUCCCUCGGGUCAAAGAUAUCGGCGGACUCUAAAUCUUCGCGGGUGAAACAAAUAUUAGCGGAUUUUGCCUUAACGGACCUAAGGAAUCGACUAGUCGAAGAUCUAAACAAAAGCGAAUAUCGUCGUCUCGCCAUAGCCAAAAACCUGGUACGAGAUCCAGUACUUCUUCUCCUGGAUGAGCCAACCAACGAUCUAAACCCCUUGGACGCCUAUUUUGUGAUUUCAAUUCUUGCCAACCACGCCAAACAAAACAAUCGCAUCAUUAUUCUUACCAUCGAGAAGCCCAGAUCCGACAUCUUUCCCUUUUUGGAUCGGGCAACAUACCUCUGUCUUGGGGAUGUAGUGUACACGGGUCCAACCAGGAUGAUGCUGGAAUACUUUCGCUCCAUUGGCUUUCCCUGUCCUGAGUUGGAGAACCCUCUCAUGUAUUACCUGUGUCUGUCCACGGUUGAUAGACGCUCGAGGGAAAGAUUUGUGGAGUCUAAUAAUCAGAUUGCAUCUUUGGUCGAAAAAUUCAAAAUUGAAGGAGUGCAUUACCAGCACCUCUCCAACACUACAACCACUGACAUCAAGACCAAAAUCCCCCUGACUGCAUUUGGAAGACCAUCAACGGUUGUAAAAAUUUGGAUCUUACUAAGGAGAUCAUUGAGUGGAUUUUUCCAUGGAGGAGCCAAAGGAAUCAUUAGGGCGCUGUUCCACCUGCUAUUUCUAAACAUUCUUUUCUUUUUCAUUUGGGCAAUCUAUUUCAGCUCAAUGACAAGACCAGUGCAAUUUCAAACGAUAUUUUCAACGAAACGUGGCCUGAUUCUCAAUAUAUGUGUGGCAACUCACUUAGCCGCCACUAUCACAGCCGUGCUUCAAGUUGCGCCUGCAAGAACAGCGUAUUACUCAGAAUACCGCCAAGGGCUUUACAAUGGGCCUUCUUUUGUUGUUUCUCAAACGCUGCGAAGUUUUCCGUUGUCGGUAUUGGUCACAUUUACCGGAUCUCUUUUACUUUACAAGGGCUUGGGACACGAGGAUUGCUUUUCACCCAAAUGCACCGCUCUGUUGGGUUAUCAUCAUUUCCUCCCAUUUUGGUUAACUAUUUGGGCUUGCUUUAUGUUUUCAGAGCAGCAGGUUUUAGGUCUGCUACUUGCUAUCAAGUCCAGAGUAGCAACUGCAAUCAUUGCAGUGUUCUUAUCGACUACAGCAUUGGUAGUGUGGAGUGGCACCACCAGGUCAUUACUUGGUCUUCCCAACAUUUUAACUUACAUGUCGUAUGGAUCCCAUGCGCGAUACGUUGGUAUAACGCUAAACAGCAUCGAAUUCUUCGAUCAAGAGAAUCUAAACAAUCUUGGUUGGCAAGAUGACGAAGGAAGGAUUUUCCCUUGCAAUGGUAACACUUUUGGAUUUGGAUGCAGGUACAUUAAUGGAACUCAUUAUCUGCAAGAGACAUACGGAUUGUUGACUGUCAAUUUGGACGAGUUGAUGAAUGUUUGGCACAAUGCUCUCAUAUCUGUGUCAUUUUUUGUGGGCAUGUUUGCGCUCAAUCUGGUUCUUUAUGUAUUGCCAAUUCCUCUAUUCAUCAAAUUGAAAUUUCGAGAGGAAAUAACUGAAGCUUGACGAAUAAAAACCAUUGAGAUAUUUUA